AUGUUCUUCCCCUGGUGCUGCAAGCCCUGGUCCGCCGAGAAGGCCCAUGUGGAUCAGAAUACCGAAUACGUCCGAGCGUUGCCCCUGAGCAGCUCGAGCUCCACGAGCUUUCCCAAGGCGUACAACUUCGCACAGGAUGAGCCGCCAGAUGAUCUGCAGCAGGCCGCUCCGAGCCGAACGUUGGAACCCGUCAGGUGUAUGGGGCCCACCUUUACUCCAGAGAACCAGGAGAAGGUUCGGCUGCAGAUGGCCGUCCGAAGCUUCGUGAAGGAGGCUAUGACUGGAAUGCCCGUGGAGCUCCUCGAAGAGGACUCGGGCCAUGUUGUCAUAGCCACUUUCUACUUGGACAGGACGCUGAAGCGCGUCUCGUUGAAGCUGCCGGAGGAGCACCGGUACUACCGGAUGCAAGACAUGAUCGCCAUUUUUCGUGACAAAGAGUUCACCAACUUGGUCCCCAGCCUGGCACAUCUGUCGCCCCGCUGCCUGGCGGUGGAUUUCUGCACGGAGAGGGACUUCCGGCUGUGCUUUCAGUUCCAGGACUCGGACGUCCGCGACAACUUCUACAGCUGCCUCAAGAUCUUGCGGAUGUCUCUGGAUGCGGGAGAGGUGGAAGAGGAGGAGAACUAG